CGUUCUUGAUCGGCCGGGAUUACGGGAGCAGUUACGGCGGGGGAUAUGGCUAUGGAAAUUAUCCAGGAGGCAUUUACAACUAUAACCGUGGCUACGCUCCAAAUUCCAUCUACCGAGGAUAUUCGUCCGGGAUAAAUGGAAUCCUGGGGGGCGGCAAUGCUGGAUAUGGAUACGGUUCGGGCUACGGUGGCUAUGGAUCUGGGUACGGUGGUUACGGAUAUGGAACCAGUGGUUAUGGAUAUGGAAGUGGACUCUCGGGGUACGGAGGGUAUGGAGGGUACGGAGGGUAUGGAAGCGGUUUAGGCUAUGGAUAUGAUGAUGGGCUUCUAGGAGGAAGAGGGUACAAUCGCUGGAGUGGAUUGGACAGCUACGGAUACUCCGGACUCGGAGGCUAUGGGGGUUAUUCUGGUUAUGGUGGAUAUGGCAGUUACCCAUAUGCCAGCAGAGGCAGCGGCUUCUAUGGAGGAUCGCCCUCUGGGUACAGAGGGUACUCAUAAAGCGACUCAUGAACUAUCCAUCAUUCAUAUUCUUUAUUUGACGUACAAGUCGUACGCGUCCCAUAAAAUUAUUCUAAACAACUGAAAUUUUCAAUACUUUUUACAAAUACAUUGUUAUUAAAACUAUCUUCUGCUGUUUAUAUCGUAGGAGACAAUCAUGAACACCCGUUAUCAUACAUAGCACGUAUUAAUGUUAACGUUAAUAUAUACAAUUAUAUAAUUUACUUGCAGCACUGCGAAUCUCGAAGAUCCCCAGUUACCGUUAUCUUAAUAAUCUCAGAGUAAUGAAUCAUGGUAACUAACAUCUAGGUAAAUCUACGUAAAAGGAGAACGGACACAAUGUGCUAAGAAGAAAAAUCCAUUUCUAGGGCCGAGUUCGGUCUUGCGAUGAGAAUUCAUUGUUUCCCCAAAACACGUGAUAAAAUUUAAUAGAAAACGUUGGUUCUAUUAAAUUUAAUAAAAACUUAGAAAACAUGUAUUUCUCUCUGAGCGCACGAUUAUAAAAAUCUACUUUCGAAGUUGAAUGGAUCGUCAGUCGGUAUUAGCCCUAAACCUAAGAUUACGAGUUCUCCUGAAUCACCGAAAUGAGCAAGUGAUGUAACAAAGCUGAUGGUAGAGGAAGGGAGGAUAAUGGUUGUACUCAGCAGCACGACGACUAAAGUACCACAUUGAUUUCUGUCGACCAGCCAGCAGUCGAAGUUUAAUCCAAUUCACUUACGAUUGCGCUUGCUCCGUACACUGAGUACAAGUCUCCGUUUCCACUUCUAACGGUAUUGG